AUGCAUUUUGUUAAAUCAUUAAUAUUAACAGUUCUGGCUUUUACCGCAGUAGUUUAUGGUAAUAAGUCUAAAAAAAUUUUUAUAGACAAUGAUGGGGCUACUACGCCGGAUGUCUUGAUUCCAAUUUUUUAUGGAUACGAAAUUUUAGGGUACUCAGCUUCUUUUGGUAGUUCAUCCUUAGUUGAUAGUGUUGGAGCUACUUAUAAUGUGCUUGAUAUGUUAAAUAUGACCAAAUGUAUUCCGCUAUAUGUUGGUGCAAAUAAUCCAUUAAUCAGAACUAAUGACUCAUUUCACAGAUGGGAAGAUCUAUAUGGAACCUUAUAUUGGCAGGGUGGGUUCAGUCCAGAUUACCAAGAUAUGUAUUCUUGGGCAGACAUCCAAUAUAAUGAAGAAAUCCCAGGUGCGCUCGCACUCAUAAAUGCUGUCAAAAAAUAUCCUGGAGAAGUAGAGGUUUAUGCUGCUGGUACCAUGACUACUGUUGCCCAAGCUCUUUCAAUUUAUCCAGACUUAGUUGAAGAUGCUGCUGGGUUGACUAUUAUGGGUGGAUACAUAGAUGGCCAAUAUGUUUCAGCUGUAGAAGGCGGGUUGGUCUCUGAUUUAUUCAGCGAUAUUAACCUUAUUCAAGAUCCAGAAGCAGCACAGAUUGCAUUGACAGCUCCAUGGAAGUCAGUCACCAUUGCAGGUAAUAUUACAAAUUCUCUCUUUCACACCACAGAUGAAUAUCAAAAAAUAAUUAAAGACCUUGGAGGCUUGGGUUUAAUUCAAUCGGACCCAAAAUUGCAAUACGUGAAGGAAUUUGUAGGCAAUGGUACUGCUGCUCCCCAUGGUGAAGAGAAUCUUCCAUAUUGGGAUGAGAUGGCUGUUGGUUUUGUUGUCAACAAAGAUUUAAUCAAGCAGUCGGUGAACAUUAGCUUCGCAAUUGAUACUGCUUUCGACUCACCAUUUUAUGGUCAACUUAGACUUUGGCCAGAGAACUUAGCUCCAAAGAAAGGUAUACGUAUUGGAAGAGCUCAAUUGAUCACGGAGGUGGAUUCCGACAUGUUCCUCAACACUAUUACGAACAUUUAUACCCAAGAUUGGUCCUCAUAUUGUACUACCAAUAAAUUUACAAAAUUUUAG